CCGUGGGCUGGAAAGGGCCGUGGAGGGCGGGCGGCGGAGGGACCGGCUGCCGACCUGGCCAUGCUUCGCGGCCUGCGGGGUCCGCUCUGGCCCCUGCUGCUGCUCCUGCUGCUGCCGCCCCCGGGCACGUGGGGACACGGCAGCCGCGCGAGGCCGAAGGAGGGGGCCGAGGAGGCGGGCGAGGCCGGGUCCUGGCCGGCCUUCCAGGGCCUGCGGGAGCGGCUGAGGGCGGCCGGCGCCCUUUGCAGACGCUACUGGGCUCUCUUCAGCUGCCGCGUGUGGCCCGACGGCUGUAGGCAGGAUGAGGAGGCGCCGGCGCGGCCCCUGGGCUGGAGCCUUCCCCUGUUGGGCCAGCAGUACCUGGAUAUCCUGACCACCUGGUACUGCAGCUUCCAGGACUGUUGUGACAGUGGGGACUGCAGGAUCAUCAAUAACUUCACAGGCCUAGAGGCGGACCUGCGCGUGCGCCUGCACGGCCAGCACCUGGCCCGGGAGCUGGUCCUGACAGCAGCCAGGGGCUACUUGGAGCUGCCCCGGCCAGACAAGGCCCUGGCUCUGUCGUUCCACGGCUGGUCUGGCACAGGCAAGAACUUCGUGGCGCGGAUGCUGGCAGAGAACCUGUACCGGGACGGGCUGAGGAGCGACUGUGUCAAGGUGUUCAUCGCCACGUUGCACUUCCCUCACCACAAGUAUGUGGACCUGUACCAGGAGCAGCUGGCAAGCCAGAUCAGGAAGACGCAGGAGCACUGCCACCAGACCCUGUUCAUUUUAGAUGAGGCUGAGAAGCUGCACCCAGGACUGCUGGAGGCCCUCAGGCCACACCUGGAACGCCAGGCCCCCGAGAACCCGAGGGCCAAGUCCCCGAGAACCAUCUUUCUUUUUCUCAGUAACCUUGGGGGCAACAUCAUCAAUGAGGUAGUCCUGAACCUGCUUAAGGCUGGGUGGUCCCGGGAAGAAAUUGGGAUGGAGCACUUGGAGCCCCAACUCCAGGCUGAGAUUGUGGAAUCCACAGACAGUGGCUUUGGACACAGCUGUCUUGUGAAGGAAAACCUGAUUGACUUCUUCAUCCCCUUCCUGCCACUGGAGUACCGUCACGUGAGGCUGUGUGCACGUGAUGCUUUCCUGAGCCAGGAGCUCCUGUAUACGGAAGAGGCACUAGAUGAAGUCGCCAAGAUGAUGGUGUACGUCCCCAAGGAGGAACAACUCUUCUCUUCUCAGGGAUGCAAAUCUGUUUCCCAGAGAAUUAACUAUUUCCUGCCUUGAGGGCUAGAAGAAAACUUCCAAAGCUGCCUUCCUUCCACUAAUAGGAUCCUGGGGCCUGUCAGCACACUGUCCAGGACGUAACGGGUUGGAGGGGCAGGCUAGCACCAGCAGCCACGAGCACAAGUGGUGUGUAAAAGGGAGGCCUUAAAUCAGAGACAGAGCCAAUUCUUAAAAUCACUUGGUGCCUUACAGAGCCACAUUCCAAAAUGUGGGCCAGCUGGUUGGAGAAGGUCAUGUGGGAGAUAAAUCCCAAGGAUUUAUUAGCAUAUCAGCUCCUGCCUGCAGAUGCCUGGACUUGGGUGUUGGGCCUGAGGCUGCAGUAUCCUCAGUGACUGACAGAGAAGGGAAAAAUGAACUUCUGCUUACCAGUGGCAGGAACUGGGUGGGUUAGCUUUCAAGUUGUUAUUCCCAGAGGGAAGCUGAUCAGCUUCUAUCUGUGAGAUCAGGAAAGAGCCUCAGGCUGAAGGAAAAAGUGCACAGAGGAAGAUUUUUUUUUUUUUAAAUCAGGUAUGUGUAGGCUAAGACUUGUUCUGCUCUGCAGAUUUAAAUCAAUUAAAGAAUUUUUUUUUAAGUUAUGGACCUUGACAUGAUUGUAUCAUAUGUAAAGAUAUUAAAAUUUUGUAUUUUUCUAAAA